UUUGGGAGCAAAUUCCAGUGGUUUGUGGGCAGAUUGUGCAUUGGUGGUUCUCAUUGUUUGGAAGUGGUUUAUCUGUUUGAUAUUUUGAAUAAAGUAAAUUUUGUUAAAUAAAUAUUUAAAUAAUAAAUAACUGAUUGAUAUUGCCCCUCCCCUUAUUAUAUACCCCCCAUAUCCUUUUUUCUUUGGGUAGUUUCUAUUUGUUUGAUUGCCUUGUGGCCUCCUGCUUAUAUAUUUGAUUUUGGUCAUUUGGCUUGCUGCUUGGGAUAUAAUUUCUUUAUAAUUUUAAUUGGUUUUGCCAUAGUCUCUGGGCAAUCUUUAAAGUGCUUUCUGUUGACUUGUCUCCAGUGAGUAUUUAUUGAUCUUGUUGUUGUUAGUGGAAGUGUAGUAAAAUUACACCAUGCCACCCAAGAAGGUUCAACAAAAAAGGCAUUUGGGUGGUGAAGCAAACUUCUAAACACCCUCCAUCGCAACAGGAGCGCCUGUCUUCUGAUGAAGGAGAAGAUAUGGGAACAAUUCGUGCCUUGGUGGCAAGGGUGGAGGCACUUGAGAGAGAGUGCAAACAUCCUGUGGAGCCGGGAGCGGGUCCAAGCUCCGCCCCUUCAGGUAAGAAAUCGGCACGAUUGGCUGCUAAGGCACCUAAAUCUCGUAUUCUUUCUGAUUUGGUUUCCAGGAUUCGUGUUCUUGAAUCAGCUGCUCCUAGUGAUGAGUCUACGGUCCAGUCAGUGCAGGCCUGCCCACCUGAUGCACUUGAGGCCUCAUCUUCCUCUUUCCUACCAGUUUCCUACUUUCCUACUCGUGCUAGUGUUCAAGGACAGCUCUCUCUUUCUAUACCAACUGGAAGUCAAACACUACCUACUACAUCUACUGGGGUUGUUCCUCCUGCGAUAGUGGCAUCCCCAGCAGCCUACACAGAUGGCGCAUUUCCGGGAAUUAGCACCUGGAGCAGCUCAGGAUCCGAUCCCGGUACCUUUUUUCCUGUGGAUCCUUGGCAAAUAGAAAUUGAGGCCGCCAUAGCCUCUGUUCUUGCUCCCAGCACUCAGAGAGCGUAUCAGCGUUCCUUUGGAAAAUUCCAGGCGUUCAGAGCUGGCAGCGCUCUGCCUCUUGCAUGGCCGAUUCCUCUUUCACAUUUGCUGCAGUUUAUGUUAUAUUUAAAAGGGCAAAAUAUUUCUGUUUCAACCAUUGCCGGACACCUCUCUGCGCUGGCCUUUAUUUCCAAGGCAAGAGGAAUGCAGGAUCAUUCUGUAGAUUUUAGGGUCAGAAAGGUCCUUGAGGGUUGGUCGCAUUCUGCUCCCAGGGCCACUGACCGGAGGAGACCAAUCACGCCCAAUGUCCUCCUCCAGAUCCUGCCUUUGUUUUCUUCUUUAUGCUCAUCACAGUAUGAGUUGCACCUUUUCACCGCAGUAACUCUGAUGAUGUUCUAUGGUGCUUUAUAUACAAUACAAUACAAUAGAGUAAAACAGUGAACCUUUUCCACACACAAUUAAUAUACAGUAGUUUCAUGCUUCCUCUCCCCCCAACUGCAUUUGGUGAAGCCUUCAUGGUGUCAAGUCUUCUUGGAAGAAAAGAAGACUGAUGG